ACGACGAGGACGCACAGCUCACGGUGUCGUUCCUCUUGGGGCUGAAGACGUGCAAUGGCAGAAUCGGAGCCACGGGAAUGUGUCUCGGAGGUCAUCUUACUUACCGCUGUGCACUGGAUCCCCGAGUGACUGCGGCGCUGUGUUUCUUCGCCACGGACAUCCACAGUUCCACGUUGGGUGAAGGAAAGAAGGAUGACAGCUUGAAGAGAGCGGGUGAUAUCAAAGGAGAACUGGUCAUGGUCUUUGGCAAGAGUGACCCUCACGUUCCGGCGGAGGGUCGAGACCUGAUCCGCAAGACUCUUCACGAGGCGGGUGUCGAGUUUUCCUUCUACGAAGUCUUCGCCGCUCAACAUGCCUUUGUCCGUGAUGAGUUGAGCAAAGGACGUUACGAUCCCGCCGUCACCAAGGUCUGUUUCGAGAUGCUCAUGGAGCUCUUCAACAGGAGACUAAAAACCGACCUCGGCGCACCAAGCGGAGAAAAGCUGGUGGUGGAAGACGUGUGCUAAGCCUUGGAUGGUCCUGUCUUGGUAACUCCGGAGCACAUAGUCAUACAUUGGAAGCUCAAUAACAAGAACUCCAUAGAAAAGCACAAUCACAACUUUGCCU